AGGACAGGAUCUUUCGAGAUCUCUCGCCUCCGCCGCCGCCUGUUCGCCCGCUCUUCUUUCCCGUUGUGGGGAGCAGCGCGCCGCCGCCGCCGCCGCCCAUUUAAACAGUCCGACUUGGCCGCGCUCACUCGAGCGGAGGGAGGGUCGGAGGCGGACGGGACGGCCUCUCACAGCGCAGCUCUGUCCCCGUCGCCCCCACCCGCUCGUCCUCUUUCUUUCCCGUCCAGCACCGGCUCCGAGCUUCGCCCUUUCCUUUGGCCCCCGCACCGCUCCCUCUCGCAGUAUGUCUGUGGUGGGGAUCGAUUUCGGCUUCCAGAGCUGUUAUGUGGCUGUGGCCCGCGCGGGCGGCAUCGAGACCAUCGCCAACGAGUACAGCGACCGGUGCACCCCGUCAUGUAUAGCGUUUGGGCCCAAGAAUCGUUCAAUUGGAGCUGCAGCUAAAAGCCAAGUAAUUUCAAAUGCAAAGAAUGCAGUGCAAGGUUUUAAAAGAUUUCAUGGACGCGCAUUUUUGGAUCCCUUUGCUCAAGAUGAAAAAACAAAACUUGCUUAUGAACUUUCCCAGUUGCCGACUGGCUCAGUUGGAAUCAAGGUUAUGUAUAUGGAAGAAGAACGAAACUUCACCAUUGAACAGAUAACAGGAAUGCUCCUCACAAAACUAAAAGAAACUGCAGAGAGUGCCCUUAAGAGACCUGUAGUUGAUUGUGUUGUAUCUGUUCCUUGUUUCUUCACUGAUUCAGAGCGGAGAUCUGUGAUGGAUGCUACACAAAUUGCUGGACUGAACUGUUUGCGAUUAAUUAAUGAAACCACUGCAGUUGCUUUGGCAUAUGGAAUCUAUAAACAAGAUCUGCCUGCUCCUGAAGAGAAACCAAGAAAUGUGGUCUUUGUUGACAUAGGGCAUUCAGCAUAUCAGGUUUCUGUAUGUGCAUUCAACAAAGGGAAACUGAAGGUCCUUGCAACAGCAUUUGAUACUACUCUUGGUGGCAGGAAAUUUGAUGAAGUAUUAGUAAAUUAUUUUUGUGAAGAAUUUGGGAAAAAGUAUAAACUAGAUAUAAAGUCCAAAAUUCGUGCAUUGUUGAGGCUGUCUCAGGAAUGUGAGAAACUAAAGAAGUUGAUGAGUGCAAACGCCUCUGAUUUGCCGAUGAACAUAGAAUGCUUCAUGAAUGAUAUUGAUGUUUCUGGGUCUAUGAACAGGAGCAAAUUCUUAGAAAUGUGUGAUGACCUCUUGGCUAGAAUAGAAUCACCUCUUCGUAGUGUCUUGGAGCAAGCUAAGUUAAAGAAGGAAGAUAUCUAUGCUGUAGAAAUAGUAGGAGGGACUACAAGAAUACCUGUUGUAAAAGAGCGUGUCAGUAAAUUUUUUGGUAAAGAAAUCAGUACAACUUUGAAUGCAGAUGAAGCUGUUGCUCGAGGCUGUGCACUGCAGUGUGCUAUUUUAUCCCCAGCUUUUAAAGUAAGAGAAUUUUCUAUCACAGAUUUGGUACCAUAUCCUAUUUCUUUGACAUGGAAUUCCCCAGCAGAAGAAGGAGCAAGUGAUUGUGAAGUCUUCCCUAAAAACCAUGCUGCACCAUUCUCCAAGGUUCUCACAUUCUACCGGAAGGAACCUUUCCGUUUGGAAGCUUAUUACAGUUGUCCUAAAGAAUUGCCAUACCCAGAUCCUGCCAUAGGUCAGUUUUUAGUUCAGAAGGUAACACCACAAGCAGAUGGAUCCAGUUCAAAAGUUAAAGUUAAAGUCAGAGUAAACAUCCAUGGCAUUUUCAGUGUUUCAAGUGCAUCAUUAGUGGAGGUUCACAAGUCAGAAGACAGUGAAGAGCCCAUGGAAACUGAUCAGCAUGCAAAAGAGGAGGAGAAGAUGCAAGUAGAUCAAGAUGAGCAACAAAAGACUGAGGAACAUCCGCCAUCAGCCCAAGCUGAAAACAAGGCUGAAUCAGAGGAAAUGGAGACCUCUCAAGCUGGACUGAAAGAUAAGAAAACAGAUCAGCCUCCUCAAGCUAAAAAGCCAAAAGUAAAGACGACUACAGUUGACCUUCCCAUUGAGAACCAACUAGUGUGGCAAAGAGGAAAGGAUAUGUUGAACUUAUUUAUUGAGAAUGAGGGUAAAAUGAUCAUGCAGGAUAAACUAGAGAAGGAACGGAAUGAUGCCAAGAAUGCAGUGGAGGAAUAUGUUUAUGAAAUGAGAGACAAACUCUGUGGCGUGUAUGACAAGUUUGUUGGUGAAGAGGAUCGUAAUAGCUUCACUCUGAAAUUGGAAGACACAGAAAAUUGGCUAUAUGAAGGGGGUGAAGAUCAACCUAAGCAAGUUUACAUUGAUAAGUUAGCAGAGCUAAAGGCUGUGGGUCAGCCUAUUCAAGCACGAUUUCAAGAAUCUGAAGAAAGACCAAAAGCCUUUGAAGAGCUGGGAAAACAAAUCCAACUCUGCAUGAAAGCUGUCCAUGCAUAUAAAGCAAAGGAUGAACAGUAUGACCACUUAGAUGCAGCAGAAAUGGCCAAAGUGGAAAAGAGUGCAAAUGAGGCAAUGGAAUGGAUGAACAACAAGCUCAAUCUUCAGAACAAGCAAAGUCUUGCUUUGGACCCACUUGUCAAGGCAAAGGAGAUCGAUGCUAAAACAAAAGAACUGAUAAACACAUGUAAUCCUAUAAUCACCAAACCAAAACCCAAGGUGGAGCUUCCAAAAGAGGAUCAAAAACCAGCAGAACAAAAUGGUCCGGUAGAAGGCCAAGGAGAUGGCAACAGAGGGUCUCAGACUGCAGAACAAUGUUCUGAUUCAACAGCUCCAGCAUCUACAGAAAAGAAACUUCCUGAGAUGGACAUUGAUUGAUUGAAUUCCAGCACCUGUUUAUAUUAGAAAUUAUAAUAAAGCUUUAAGUUGUCAACAUGUUUGGAAUAAGAACUACAGUGAGAACUGCAACUUUCUUGCAGUUGUCCUAUUUGGGUAGGAUUGGUCAUUAUGAAGCAUUUUGACUCUUGGGUAGCAAACUAUUCAGGUGAACAAGUUUGUAUGUCUGCCAUGUGACAUUAGAACCCUCUGGUAACCAUUAGACUUGCAGAAACAGCUACAGCUGAUCCUUCAGUUUUAAUUAUACUCCCGCUGAAUUCCAUUUUAAAAAAAGUGAGGGCAACUAGACAAGAAUGUUCUACCUACCACAAAGUUGUUACUGUGGAUUGCAGCAGCACUAUAUAAAUCCACUGAAAGAAUGCUAGAGGUGUUUAACUUGUUCCUAGUGAAAAAAUAGAACAAAGCAAAGUACCAGUUUGAAAUCCUUCUGCAAUUACAGAAGCAAUAAUGGUGUGCUUUGUAGCAGGAAAUUCAGUUCAUUUCAUGUUGUGCCAUUGAUAGUUAACUUGAAGUAUACUACACCAUGGAUCAGAUUACAUGUUUGUGCUAAAUACAAAUAAUUGAAAGGGCCAGAGUAUUUGUUUGUGGCUUUUUCAAGGUCAUAUCCACUCUCAGUUGUGGUACAGCACAUAAAAUUGCUUAUCUGAUAUACAGGGCAGUAAAUAUACAUCUAAACCUGCUAUUAGAUAUGCAAAUAUGUAUGGACAUGGUAAAUUCUUUCCAUCUAUAUGAAAUGUUUAAAUUUCUGUAUUUUAAGUAGUUGCUUGUAGAGAAAAUGAGGACAUACUGCUAGUUGUCACAUAUGGAUGAUUCUGAUUGCUAACCUUAGAAGGGAAAAUUUGCUUCCUAUAUUUAACUUUCUUCCAACAACCAAAAAACCCUAAAUCUGGCAGUUUUCUCAUGUGCUUCUCUACCCUUUGGCUGUUUUGCUUCUAGUAUUGAUAAUUGUCAUAAACUUGUAUGUGUUGAAAUCAAAAUGGAAACAUCCGUACAUAUUGCAAGAAAUAAAUGCACUGGAUUGUACUGGA